AUGGGAGUGCGACGCGUUGUCCGCACGUGCAAGUUAAGAAAGCGUGUAAGGGUAGGGGAGGUAUCGGGCAUUCUAGCCGUGGACACCCACAAGUACAAGAUCCAAGGUGCUGCUGUGGUGGUGUCAUCUGACCUGAACUGUAACUCUGCAGCAGGCCUCGGGAAUGGCGCCAUUCUUCGUGAUCAACUAUCUGCAUCAUCAGUUAGAAAUGACCUUGACAUUGAAAACGCCAGAUUUGAUUGUUGUCAAGAUGCAGCAUUUGGCGCGUGGUGCCCGGCUACGGCCCAGGAUGGAGAGUGGUUCGAGGUGACCUUUGAUCGGCCGUAUAACCUGUCCGGCUUUACCAUCCAGACCCCAUUUACAAACUUCACGUCACAGGAAUCGUUUUUAUCGAUAUUUUCCCUACAGCUGGAGUUGGCAUCAUCUCCCCCCGGGAGCCUCACCGACUACAAUGUAACCGGUGACGCUCCAGAGACGUUUUUAACAAAUUUCCCUGAUGCGGACGUGAAAUCGUUUCCACUGUUGGAAGAAGUUGCUGUCAGACGGGUCAGAAUUGUUGUCCUCAACUACACUGGGGAGCCGUGCUUUAGACUCGAACUUUUUGGGUGCAAUAUAACUGAUGAGAAUUUAGUGCCUGUUGGAAUAUCUGACCCCGAGUUGACCUUCAACUAUGUGUCUAUGGAUGACCUUAGUCUGACCUGUUCACUAAAGGAUGUGGCUACCAGAGGGAUACAAUACUGGUUGACAUGGUGGAGGGAGGUAGAAGAAUUAGAGGAAGAGCUUCUGACCACUGGUCAGUCUAAUAACAUCCUUCCUAUCAAAGCCAGUGACCUUAUUAAUGACUUCAGGAUCUACAAAUAUCGAUGCAGCAUAGAGCCCUGUUACAGUGGAACCUGUCAAUCAGUCAGAGGAGUGCAGAAACUCAGCAAUAUUUUUCAGGCAGAGAUCAAGAGGGUGAGCAGUGAAAGUCUGAGUGUGGUGGAGAACGGACCCCCUGCUGUCAUUCAGAUUCAAUCAACUGUGCCACCAGCAGUGUUUUGUCAGGGUGUGAAUUCAGACGCAAGCUGUCCACUUACAGUGAAAGCCAGGGUCGGAUCUGUUGACGAAGUGACAUGCUCGGGAGGUAAAGAAUUGUCUCAAGUUGUGUUUCCUGAGUCAGCCAGCAGCCAAGAGUCCUGUAUCGUCACGGUAACACAGGACAACUGGGAAAUGGUACACAACAUCCCAGUUCUUGCAAGUAUGGAUGGUGUUAUAGAUGGCACAAGACAAGUCACAGUGUCUCUAGACACAAGAGCCAACCAGAAUCUCCUGCUAACCAUUGGCUUUGAUGUGGAAGUUUCUGUGGCUGAUGAGGAUACUGCAGCAGUAUGUAGCUCAACAAGUGGCCCUCAUCUGCAGACAUUUGACGGGGUAAACUAUGACAACCAGAACGAAGGAGAAUUUACUUUCUACAAACAUGACACUCUUCCACUGGAGAUUCACCUGUUUUACCGACGCUGUGGAUUAAAUGACAAUAUUUGUAACUGUGGAGUUGGCGUACUAGUGGAUGACGAUGUUCUAGUCAUUGACAGGUGUGGUGCAGAAAGAGGCUCUGAUCUCACUUAUCCCAUCAAAACACAGAUGUAUACGAAUGGUGCUGUGUCGUCAGAAUUUCGUGUCGUUCGUGUGGCUUCUGGAAGGGAAUUUCAGGUGUACCUUCCAACAGGUGGACAGCUGAUUGUUCAGCUGAGCCAUCAAACAUAUUUGAAUGUUUGGUUCUACCCAUCACUUCUUGACCUCAACCACACCAGCGGACUCUGUGGGAACUUUGAUAACGAAGACACAAAUGACUUUGUCCAUAGUGACAACACAUCAUCAGUUAUAGGGGCCAAGUACCCAGACCCAUUCACACUAUCCUGGAGGGUUCCGGAGGCAGACAGCUUGUACACAGGUCUCUGUGAGGACAAAAGGGACGAUCGAACUGUUCCUGUUGGCAGUGUGUGUCAAUGUACAGGGGCUGAAUUUGCACCAUGUGAUUCAUGGGGACUUGUCCAAAGCUGCUACAGUGCCAGAGAAUACUUCCUUGGUGAGGAUAUAACUGACAUUGUACUACUAGGUCGAAUGAUGCCCCAGAAUUGUUUCCCCUUUGACUCCACCCAGUAUAGGAAAGGGUCAUUUUUGUACAACUCCAGUGCACCAGUUUUCACUACAGGGUGGUCAGGUGUGACAGAAGCAACAGCAGAACAACUUUGUAUAGAUGCCGUCAAUCAAAGCCCUCUGAAUGAAUCUUGUGGUCAGUUUGUGCCACUGUUGGUCCAGUCAGAGAUAGAUGACUGCAAGGAGAAUAUUCGGUUGACAAAUGAUCAAGGAUGGGCUGUGGUUUUGAACGAACUCUUAGCCCGUCGGUGUUUGUUUGAACUUGAGAGGAAUCACACAGUAACUGGAGACCUGACUGCUGCACUGGCCAGUCUGUGUCCUUACCAUUGUGACAACGGCCGUUGUACUGAUGGUGAAUGUGUGUGUGACCCUGGUUUCAUUGGUCCUGAUUGUACCGUCAACAUUGACAAUCAACCGACAAUAAGGAUUGCCCAACCAGUGGACGGUCUAUGUAACUCCAGGAUCUCUCCUUGUCAGAGUGUGUAUCUUACAGGCCUCACCUUUGUCAACUCAGAAAAUCUGACGUGUUACCAUCAGGAAAUUCAGGUUAAUGAGACAGGCUACCAGGCGUCAGGUUCUUGGCAGGUUGCUCCUGUGACCUUUGUCAGUUUCUCAGAGGUCAGAUGUGUUUUACCAGCAGCGGCUAAUUACAUGCUUGCUGUUAGCAACAUAAAUUCGACUAGCAAUAUCAGCAAUGGUGUUCUGCAUCUGACCUAUGACCCCAUGUGUUACAUGUGUAACAUUGCUGAUGGAUCGUGUGUUCAAAAGGGAGACGUCUGUGUUAUAGAAGGUAUGUGUUACUUAAAUCUGACGGUAAAUCCGGCUGAUGAGCAGCAGAUCUGUGCUCCAGAUGUCAAUUCUACAACAUGGAGUACUCGUCCAGGUCCCUGCCUGACAUCGGACCUUCAGUGGACGGUCAGCAAUUCUUCUGCUAUGGCAUUUUACAACCUCAAUACAACUAACAAUGUAGCCAGUCUUGAGGAGUGCCAGAGUGUCUGUUCCACAUAUGAUGGAGGCUUCCAGUGUCGGUCCCUUGACUACGAUUCGUCUGCUUCAGUGUGUAAUCUGUCCCCGUUUCAAGAGGCAGAUGUGACGACUUAUGUUGACAAAGGAGGAUUCAAUAGCAAAUGGACUUACUCAGAAUGGCAAUGUACUGAUGACCGCUGUCCUGGGAAGUAUGUGGAAUGGACAAAAUGGACAAGCAAGAUCAGUUUCAAUCUAACAAACAAUGUUGUAAUGACCAAUGUGUGGACACUUGACCACUGCCAGGCACUGUGUGAAGCAUACUCCACCUGUACUGCUAUUGUCUUGAGCAAGUCAGCGGGGCUCUGUGUCCUCACUGAGCUGACGUUAGAAAACGAGAUGGGUGAUGGGUCGUUAUACACAGGCUGGGAAUACCAUUAUCACACAUGUGUAGACAGUUUACUAACAGGGCCUUUAGUUGACAAUGUUACCUUGGUGGCGUCUUUCAACGGUCCAGGAAAUGAUACCUUCAUGUGUUCUUUUCCACCGAUCGAGACAGGAAUGGAUGUCAUUUAUGAUGUCCUGUGGAAGGUGGAUGGAGUCCAGUUAUAUGAGGACACACCUUCGGACAAUUUGACUGAGUCUUUGUUACCAGCGCUGCAUGCAAACAGCCUCAUGGAUGGUUCUGUGCUGCAAUGUUUGGUCAGUGCUUGUUACUAUGGUAACUGUGAAAACACCAGAGGAGCGCUAGUCAUCUCUGAGCCCUACACUGCUACUAUCAUGGUAAGUGGUGGUGCAGCUGUGAUGGAUCUGUACGAGGGAAAAGCACCAGCAUUGAUCGCUGUAGACUUUACUGCCCCUCCUUACGUCCUGUGUAGGAACAUGGGGCUCACUUCGUCUGACAACUGUUCUAUAUCUUUAACUACGACUGUAAGCAGUACUGAUGAUCGAAAUGUUACCUGUCCUAGUGGGACCCUCAUACAACAGGUCUCAUCACGUAUGUACAAGAGGGGAGUUAACCCAAGUUACCCGUCACCUUUUUGUAUGGUCAACAUAACCAAUGAGAACUGGAUGACUGCCAUGUUUAACUUGGAGGUCAAGGCCACACUGGACAAUAAGAUUGAUGGAAAUUUUUCACACAGGCUUGUUUUGAAUGCUGACUAUCUCGUUAGUGGUGCAGUGGAACAGGCAGACAUCACCAAGACAGAAUCACAGCUGACUGUGAUUGACAGAGACCGGUAUGGUGUAUGUAUAUCUGUCAACGAUCCCCAUCUUACCAGCUUUGAUUCAAAACAUUAUGAAAACUAUUACGAGGGGGAGUUUAUCAUGUAUCGCCAUCGUACCCUACCGUAUGAAGUCCGCACAUUCUACCGCCGUUGCAACGGUCGAGCAUCCUGUAACUGUGCCGUUGCUGUCCGUGCACAUGAUGAUGUUGUGGUCAUUGAUAAAUGUGGCCCUGAUGAAACAAAUACCGGGUUCUACCCUAUAACCAUACAAAUGUUCAGGAAUGGAAUUCUCACACCAGGAUUGAGGAUUAUCAGUUACUAUGAAGGCAGGAAAACCAAGAUCAUUCUACCCAAUGGAAUGAAAAUUUAUGUAAAGAGAAGUGCCAUCCGAGGACAGAACUAUCUCAAUGUUUGGCUGAAGGCAUCUUCUUCAGACUUCAGCAAUACUGAAGGUCUUUGUGGUACAUUUAAUGAUAAUCCCAAUGAUGACCUGAUGAUGGCCGAUGGUUCGCAGUAUUCAGGAGAUGCUGACCGACCCGAUACAUUCUCACUUAGCUGGAGAGUGGAUCCUGCUGACACUAUCUACAAUGGGUAUUGUUCGGAUGCCACAGAUUUUGUCCCCUUUCAGCAGCCUUUCUGUUACUGCGGAGUAACAGGAACUGAAGAUUGUGGUGUAGGCUACGACGUCUUCUCCUGUCCCUUUGAAGAAGAUGGGCAGGACAUCACAGCCGAAGUCAUGGCUAAGUCUGUUUUCCCUACAAAAUGUCUGCCAGGAGCUAAGUUACAGUACCCAGAGUUUGGCUAUGACGCCAGUUACUUUGUUCCGGUGCCUGGUUGGCCCACAGAUAUAGGGUUAACAGAGAUUGUAGUCCAGACUGUGUGUAGGUCAACAGUGGAAACGUCUGCAGCCGCUACUGCAUGUAAGAGUGUACCUGGUGUUUACUAUGACGCCAGUCUCCAGAACUGUAUAUAUGACAUACAGAUCACAAAUGACUUGCGUUGGAGUUUGACACCUGCAGAGAACAUUAAAGAACAGUGUGAGAUUCAGUUGAACAGUAACAUGAAUCUAUGGGAAGCAUGGAAUGGCACCUCCAAUAUUGGUCCACCGCUAUCCAUCCUCAAUCAGAUCUGUCUUCACGAAUGUGGUGGUGCAGGAAGUUGUGUUGAAGGAUCUUGUGUAUGUAAUGAAGGGUUUGCCGGCCUGGACUGCUUCACCAAGCGAACAGAUGCCCCAAAUAUAUUUUCACUCAGUAAUAAUGGUCUUUGUGACCUUCGGAGUGCCCUCUGUUCAUCUGUGUCCGUAUACAGUAACAACACUCUCAAUGUGGACACACUGAGUUGUCAUUUCCGCAAGAUUGAGUUGAAUGAGACUUCCUUCACCGUUAUUAAUGAGACGGAAACUAUACCAGCAACCUUUGUGUCCUUUAACGAGCUUACCUGUACACUACCUUCUGUAGGAAGUUACGAAAUCAGCAUCAGCAAUAAUGGAACACAAGCACUGAGUAACAAGGCCUACUUCCUUGUGUAUAAUUCUCUCUGCUUUGACUGCAGUGUCCAAACCAUGACAUGCUCACCAAAGAACACAUCAUGUUUAAUAAAUGAUGUGUGCUAUGAAGCUGGCGACUAUAACCCCUCCAACAGUAGAGAGUUCUGUGACCCAAAAAUCAACACAACACAGUGGCAGAUGGCUAAUGAUUCCUGUGAAAUUUUGGAUCUGGCCUGGUACCAGUACAAAGGAAGUGAGAUUAUGGGCAUGGUUUUGGAGGAAGUUGCUAGUAACGGGGACAUCAAUAACUGUUUGGAGGCAUGUCUGAUGAACUAUGAACCAGAUCCGGUUUGUCAGUCAUUCACCUAUAAUGCAUCAUCUGGCAACUGUACCCUCAAUCUGAAGGACACAUUGGCUUUAGGAGCCAACCAUAUAGAUAUGAUGGAUUCAACUUUGUACGAAUGGCAAUGUCAGAAUGAUCCUUGUGGAAAGCGAGGGAUUGAUUGGCAGAGAUUUCCAGGCUAUACAAUCAUAGGCCAUGUAAAGAAGGAAGUGGCAGGCAUCUCCUUGAUUAACGAAUGUCAACGACUUUGUCUAAUCGAGACAGAAUUUUUGUGUCGCUCCUUCCACAUCCAGGAUGGUCUGUGUACAUUGAUGGCCAUUACGCGAUCAGAUGUUGGUAUUGACUUCGUGCUCUGGUCUGGGUUCAUCUACAUGGAGUGGAGAUGUAGUACAGGUAAUAACUUCCCAAUUGUGAAGAGCAAUCCAGAUGUCUCCGUCGCUAUUGUUCCCGGAGAAGAUGUCUUUAACCAGACAUUGAAAUGUAGCUUUUCCCCAAUUGAAUCUAUGAGUAGGAUACAGUACGACAUCAGAUGGCUGAUUGAUGACGUCAUUGUCAUGCAGGAGAUAGCAACGGGCCUGACUGGUGACUCAGCUGAAUUUUACCUGGAUAGGCAUUACAUGGCAGAUUUACCAUUUGGUACAAAACUAUCAUGUGGUGUUUCUGCAUGUAUGUAUGACAACUGCAACCAAACUCAGGGGGCAUUCAGACAGAGUGAACCAAUCACAAUUGCUGUUCAAGUUGUAUCGGCCACAACUUUGUCAGUACAGGAAGGUGAAGAAGGAAAAGAGAUUGCCACCCACAUGUCUGUUCCUCCAUCGUUCUUAUGUGCACGGUCAGUCUUGCCUUUGAACUGCCAUGUCUAUAUCCAGGCCUCAGUCAACCAGUCGCAGGAUGACUUGACCUGUCCUGACCAGUCGUCUGUACAACAAUUGGUCAUUGGCUCAGGCGAUGAUAUGGAGGACUUAUCCUGCGGAGUUGUAGUCACCAUGACUAAUUGGAGAUGGACUCACAAAAUAAUGGUAGGUGCUAAAAUUGAUGGAGUCUAUGAUGGUGACCACAAACGGAGUGUUCAUAUAUCUGGACAUGUGAUAGAGAAUGGAACAAUGUCUGCUUCAGCUGAGUUUGAGACAUUGGAGGUGACUGCUAUUGAUAUGGAUCAUCCAGGUCUGUGUGGCUCAGUAAACAGUCCGAACCUUCGAACAUUUGAUGGCAGAUACUACACCAACUUCUAUGAGGGUGAGUUUCUCCUGUACCAACACAAGGAAUUACAGUAUGCUGUACAUGUUCUGUACAGACGAUGUAAUGGUCAGCUAACUUGUACCUGUGCUGUUGCCAUUAAACUCCUUGAUGACGUCAUUGUGAUGGACAGAUGUGGAGCAAGAAAAGAUCAUGCCACCAAAUGGCCAUUCUUAAUGCAUUACUAUAUCACUGGUGAACUGACACCUGGCUUCAGAUUGCAGCAAUUGUACGGAGGCAUUAUGUAUGAGGCUCACCUGCCAACUGGCACAAUUGUUAAAGUUGGCCUCAGUGACGUAAAUUCCUGGCAAUAUCUCCAUGUCUGGGUUGAGCCAUCCAGCACAGAUUUCAACAAAACUGAAGGCCUUUGUGGAACUUUUGAUGGAGACAAAAACAAUGACCUACAGAAGAAAGAUAAGUCAAUUUAUACUGCCCCUGGACGAAGGCCUGAUCCAUUCAUUCUCUCAUGGAGGGUACCUCAGAACGAAAGCUUAUAUAAUGGACAUUGCGGUAGGGUGAGAAUGUCUCGUACCUUUGGGUCAUGUGACUGUGGAAGGGGAGAUAACCAAACCUGUAGCAUGAGAAUGGAUGCCGACCUGUGUCCCCUUGACCAGUUAUCAGGAUAUGAUCUGACUACAGACAUGCUGGUGAUGCAGCGACGACUCCCCGUUGGAUGUGGGGAAGAAGAUGUCCCAGAAAACAUGCAGUUUGAGUUUGAUAAAGACUUCAUACCACAGGAUUACAGUUUCCCGACAGCUUCGAACAUAACAGAAGACAUGGCACGUACUCACUGUCAGGGUGUGUUGGCAGCUAGUACAGCGGGACAGCUGUGUGAAAACAUCACUAAUGUCGACUUUGAUCUUGCUGUGGAAGCGUGUGUCACUGAUAUCAGGAUCACAGAUUCCUAUAACUGGACUCAUACCUUGGAGACUAAUAUUAUUGUACAGUGUCUGACGGAAGUUCAGCGUAUGGUUGCUCCGUCCACCGCCAUUCUUAAUGGCAUCUGUUUUGAGGAUUGCAAUGGCAGAGGAACAUGUGUAGAAGGCUACUGUCGGUGUGCAGAAGGAUUUGGAGGUGAGGCGUGCAGAGUGAAUACAAUUGAAGCCCCUGAGGUGUACUUCCUUGCGGAAAAUGGAUUUUGUGAUCUUGCAUAUUCGCCAUGUACAUCGCUGGUAGCUUUUGGGGAUACAUUCAUAAGGUCGGAGAAGCUCACAGCCAGAGUAUGGGAAAUACAGUUGAGUAAUGAUGGAACAAAUAACACAGUAAGUGAUAUGGAGCUAUACAGACCAGGCCUCUUCCUAACUCCGUACCAAGUUGCAGUGUUGACCCCAAAGGUCACAAGUUACAUAGUUGCCUUGAGUAACGACAACUCCACCUACAGUAAUUCUCAAAUCUUCACUGUUUACCAUAGUGAAUGCCAUGAGUGUUCAGCUCCAGCGACUUGUGUAGCUAAGCCAUUAACUUGUCUUAUCGACAACAAUUGUUACCAGUUUGGUCAGUUGAAUCCUGACAACAUCUCUCAAGUGUGUAAUCCCGAUGAGAAUUAUGAUAUGUGGAGCAUACUUAGACCAUAUCCCCUGGUGCGAGAUCCCCCUGUUCUUAGCUAUACAUACAACAUGUCUGCUCAGCGAUUCUGGUUCCACUGUGACUACGAUUUGCCAACACAAAGGAACAACUCACUUUUCUCCCUUGUUUGGACUCUUGAUGGUGAAAUUGUUGACACUGUAAUCUUGGACAACAACAUAACUGAUUCCAACAUGACACAAGAAGAUGCAGAUUUAAAUAAGUUUAAGAAUUUUACUUACGGCUCCCAGGUGCAGUGUGGGAUUGAAGCAUGCUACGAGGAUAACUGUGAUAACACUACCAGUCCAGUAAAAUUAAGCAACACAAUUCGUGCCUCUGUAACGGUGUUGACAGAGUCCCUUACUUUAACAGAGGGACAGAAAGAGAAACAGGUGAAGGUAAAAAUGGAGUUCCCUCCCUUUAUAUUUUGUCAUGCGCUAUCUAGAGGAAAUUGUAGUAUUCAUGUAAUGGCAAAGGUGAAAGAGACAGAGGAAUUUUCAUGUAACGGAAUGAUAAUUCCACAAGUACAGAUUCAGAGGGCUGGUGAGGGCAUCCCAUGUGGUCUUGUGAUCACAGAGGACAACUGGGAUGAAGAGUACGAAUUUGAUGUUCAGGCAACAGUUGACAACCUUAAAGAUGGUGAUCAGGAAAGGACACUUCUGGUUGAAUCUAGCCUUGAUGGAGGUGUUGUAUCUAAUGAUGCUUCUGUUCAGGUGACUGUGGAAGAUAUCAAUCCAUCAGGACUAUGUUCAUCAGUCAAUGAUCCACACAUGACUACCUUUGAUGGCAGAUACUUCAAUGUCUACUUAGAAGGCGAGUUUGUGCUCUACAAACAUGCUACCCUACCCUUCGAGGUUCGAGCUUUCUUUCGAAAAUGUAACAGACAUGCAGCCUGUAAUUGUGCUGUUGCUGUGAAAUCUGGCAACGAUGUAGUCCUGAUAGACAGAUGUGGGCCAGAAACGGACACUGUCCAACCUUACCUUGACAUAAGGUCAUACUUAAAUGAUAAUCUCACGCCCGGGACACGCGUCAUGAAAUACGAGGACAAGAAUGAACACAGGGUAUACUUCCCUACAGGAAGUUAUGUAGUCAUAAAGGAUGGAAAUUUGAGGAGAGAUCCACAAGGUUACCUGAAUGUUUUUGUCCAUGCCUCUGCAUUUGAUUUUAACCAGACAAUAGGUUUAUGCGGAACAUUUAAUGGGGAUAUGGAUGAUGAUUUAACAUUGCCAAAUGGAACGGUGGACACCACAAACUCAAGGAAGCCUGAUGAUUUCUCCCUCCAGUGGAGAGUCAGGGAGGAGGAUUCCUUGUUUGGUGGUUAUUGUCCUGACAACGAGGAGGAUUCAUUAGAAAUGGAGGACACAUGUACAUGUCAGGAGGGUAAAAAUGUGACCUGUGAUUCUCGUCUGUUCUACAGGUGUGACGUUGAUGCUGUACCUGGGGAAGAUAUUACAGCCUCUAUUCAAAACUUCCCUCUGACUAGAUGCUUCAGUAUUCAGCCUUGGGAUAUGUUCCAGUACAAUGCUUCUUAUAUAGCAACUGCAGGAACAUUCCCAACCCCAGGAGGUAUUAAUGAGACAGAAGCUUACCAGAUAUGUUGGGAUUAUGUUUUCUCCGCUGAAAUUGGUGUCACAUGUAAUGGGUUUAUAUCAGCUCAAAUUGACGUGAGCAUCCGGUCAUGUGUAGAAGACAUUGCAAUUACAGAUGAUGUUUCUUGGGCGUUUGAGGCGCUGUCUACUGUAAAGGUCAAAUGUUUAACAGAGCUAGCCACCAACCCUGAUCUUUGGAUAGUGGUUGGAGGGAACUAUGUCCCCCCAUUGAACACAACAUACCUGCUGUGUCCGGAGUGUGAUAACAACAGUACCUGCAUGGAAGGAGUCUGCCAGUGUGCUGAUGGUUUCGCAGGGGGAGAUUGUUCUUUGGUGAAAGCUGAUCCACCCAUCUUACUAGGCUUUGAAGGGGGACAACUCUGUGACAGAAGAGUCAGCACAUGCUCUCACCUCAUUAUCUAUGGGAGAAAUUUCAUCCGAAAUGAUAAUUUAACAUGUCAUAUAAAAGACAUUCAGACAAAUGAAGUCAUCACAAAACCUGCAACAUACGUUUCUAUGGAUACCGUCAUUUGUGAAGUGGUCCGUGCAACAAGUGUGAAUGUUUCGAUUAGUAACUAUGGUACUCUGGAGAGUGAUCCUGCUCCAUAUCUUGUGUAUGAUUCAUUCUGCCAGACAUGUGAUCUCAACUCCAGAAUUUGCACAAAUAAGGAUGACAUUUGUGUAAUUGGUGGAGAGUGUUACGUGACAGGACAGUUUUUCCCUCAGGAUGCCACCAGGGUUUGUUUCCCAAUUAUCAGCCGGACUGCAUGGACAGAGGUCAAUGCCAGUUUGAUUGUUGCUAACCGAGAGCGAUUCCUGUCCAUAUCUGGAGGCUUAAUAUUAAUGUUGAGCGGAAAUGUGUCCUUCCACGGCCAGAUUUCUUUUGUGAACGGUUGGAGAGGAGACUAUGCAUUCUUAUUCAAUGACAAUUCAGCUUACAUCAACAUCACAGACACACUGGAUUGUCUAAGUGACCCUGAUAUGUGUGCUGGACAAGGUUUUACAUUCAAAUUCUCUCUCAAUAUUCUAACUUUGACUGAUGGUAUGGUAUUGUUCACAUCAGGGGCAGAUAAUCCUGCUUAUCGUGGAAUCGUGAUGUAUUAUAGGAGGGGUAGGAUCUACCUUACGGUAAGCACCAUGCUAGAGGAAUGGACAGUGUCCACUAGGUUUUCCACCAUAAACACCUUUAUGGAAUUUGAAUGGACUUGGAGUAGAAGCUAUGGGCUUGAGAUUUUUAUUGACGGUGCUAGUAGAGGACGCACAGUAAACUUCAUCAAGCGUACUAUACUGGGUUACCAAAUUGGCCAUCUUCAUAUUGGAGGAUUUUAUAGGAGGGGAUCGACAGCACACUUUAUCUUGGGACAGUGGCUGAUGUUGAAUUGGCAGAGGACUGUGAUCUCUGCUGUUGAUUUUGUUAUUGAGUUCCCAGAACUUCCUGAAAAGCCAGUUAUUUCUGUGGACUAUAACAGAAAUUCAAUGGAGACAAAAUUCAUUUGCAAGUUUGACAAACUUGAGAGAGGAGAUGUGAGUUACCUCUUGGACUGGAGAGUUAAUGGUGUUGUUAGAAGGUCAACCAGGCUAGAUGAAGACAGCGACAUCAUGGAUGAGGCAACUUAUGGUGAUGGAGGUUAUGGGGUCAAGGUUUCAUGUCAUGUAACCCCAUGCUAUUCCUACGAUUGUGACAACACCCGUGGACCGCAAAGACACAGUCUCACCUUCAUAGCAGAAGUCAGGGUGAUGACUACUGAGUUAGAGAUCAAGGAGGGUGGACCUGUUGGGGAUGUUCCUGUAAAAACCACAGUGCCACCUUUACUGUUCUUCCCACCUUCACUAAGGGGAAACAACUCCUGUUUUGUCAGGCUGAAUGCAAAAUUCCUACAAGAAGCAGAUGUAUGUCCAAAUGGGAAUUUACUGCAUCAAGCAGUUCUGGGUUAUAGGUUCAGCUCCUCACGUGAUGAGGCAUUUUGUGGUGGCCUUAUCUCCAUGGAAACAUGGGAGGACCCUUUCCGUCUGCCUGUAGCUGCUACAGUUGACCUUCUAUAUGAUGGAGAGGUGGAACGCGACUUAAACAUCUCUGCUACAAUUCAGUGUGGCGAAAAUACAGCUUUCAACGAUACCAUUGGUCAGGUCAAGGUCACUGUUACUGAUGGUGACAAGAGUGUCGUAUGUAAAUCCAUCAACGAUCCCCAUAUGACCAGUUUUGAUGAUUGGAGGUUCAACAAUUUCCUGGAGGGAGAAUUCAUUUUAUACGCUCACCUCUUUUUGCCAUUUGAAGUAAGGACAUUUUACCGGAGUUGUAACAAACGUGCCUCAUGUAACUGUGCUGUAGCCAUACGAUCAGGAGAUGACGUCAUCCUGCUUGAUCAGUGUGGACCAGUAGCUGGUGGUCGACAGCCAAUGCUUGUUAAGAUAUACCUAAAUGGUAUACUGACCCCAGGAACAAGGAUUAUGAAAUUUGGUGGAGGAAAGAAGUACGAGAUAUAUUUGCCCCAUGGCACGGUUGUUGUAGUAAAGACUGGGAAAGGAAGAAAGACCUCACAAUAUAUCAACGUUUGGGUAAAGGCUGGUUCUGCUGAUUUCAACAGCUCUGUGGGAUUAUGUGGUCAAUGGGAUAACAAUAAGGCCAAUGAUAAACGAAUGCGGAAUGGCUCUAUGUACACUGGAACGUCCAAACAACCAAUGGAUUUCUCACGCAGUUGGCAGAUUAAUCCUGACACAGAAGACACCUUAUAUGAUGGGUUCUGUCCUCUGGAUGUAGAGGACGAUUCCAUGGUGACGUAUUGUCAAUGUGGCAUGAAUUCCAAUGAAAAUUGUGGUGAUACUCUGCAAAUAGCAAACUGUGGCGCCUCCUUAAAGACAAAAUCAAAUCGAAGGAAAGGAAUGGACAUCACGGAUAAAAUACUGAACGAUUAUUCAGAGUCAACAACCAAGUGUUUCCUGAAUCGAUCUUCGAUCAGGUUUGAGUAUGACCCUGAUUAUGAAUAUCUGAUACCACCAUGGCCAACAGCUUCAGGUAUCACCUAUCAAGUGGCUCUGCAGUAUUGUCAGGAUUUUGUCACCUCAGUGUCAUGGUCAUCUCAGUGUUUGAACCUGGCCAAUAUUCAGUUUGAUCUGUCAGUAGAAGGUUGUGUGGAAGAUAUCCAGUUAACUGAUGACAGGACAUGGGCUCUGACCUUGUUGGAUAACAUACAGGAACAGUGUUUCAUAGAGCUGACCUUUAACUUUACCAUCUGGAUCUCUAUCGGUGGUGGAACAUUUGAACUUCCUAAUUUAGAACAAAACCUGUGUCCUGCUGAAUGUAACGGCCAAGGUACCUGUAAAGAAGGAGUUUGUGAUUGUGAUGAUAACUUUUUGGGAGACGCUUGUGCUGUUUCUGUGAAUGACAUUCCAACUGUUACCUCAUUUGGACAUGGAAGUUUCUUCUGGGACAUCAAUCUACCUUCCCUUGGAAAUCUUCUGACGGUUUAUGGAACAGACUUUGUUGAUCUUGACACACUCACCUGUCACUUCUUGUUGAAAAAUGGAACAGAGUUGAAAUUUCCUGGUAUCUAUGGUAACUUGGAGUUGAUGCAAUGUCCAAUCCCUGGACUUGGUUUCUACGAACUUACUGUCAGUAACAAUGGUGUGACUCAAUCUGCCAGGGGCCUGACAUUUGUUGUGUACAAUGCUCUCUGUGAGACAUGUACCCUCACAAAAUGUGAACCAAGGUCUGAAGUGUGUUAUCUUUUACAGUCUGAUGUUUGUGUUAUUGAUGGAGUGUGUUAUGGAAGAGGCUUCACUUAUCCCGGAGACCCAACACGUGUCUGUCUGCCAAGCACAUCUGUUCAAGGGUGGUCAACGCUUUCUCGUAUCGAUAUCAUUAUAAGAAGACUAACUUUUCUUUCAAUUGUCGGAAACAUUCUGAGGACAUCCAGUUUUAGUUUCACAAUAUCUGGUGGCCCAAGUUUCAUUCCCGGUCCUACAGGAGGCCUUGCUCUACUCCUGAAUGGCCAAGACCAGUUUAUCUAUUUGGAAAACACUGCAGAAGCAUCCUGCUUUGGCAAUUUAGAGACUUGCUCUUUCGGUUUGACUGUUGGUUUCAAAUUAAGGGUUUUAAAAUUCAGAGAAGGCAUGCGCAUAAUCAGCAAUGGUGAUAGUCAAAGAGGUUUUUACGGAAUUGAAAUGUGGUACUCAAGAAACCGUCUCUAUUUAUCAUGUAGUACCCGUACACGAAUUUACACAGUGUUCGCACCUUUCCGAAAUGUUGAUGACUUCAUUAAUAUUGAGUUUUCUUGGAGUCUACAGACUGGCCUCAGUCUUUUCUUCAAUGGUAUUAUGGUAUCCCAAACAACCCGAUAUUAUGAGCUCCAGGAUGCAAACUUCAAUCCAAAUUUAUAUAUUGGAUAUUCUGUAUCACUGAAUCUGUUCGCUAACAUUAUCAUUGAGGGAUGGAGCGUUACUGAGGCAACAAGGGAUGUAGCUGUAGGACUUGGAGCAACCAUAGUCACUCUUGAGUUUACGGAGCGACCAGAACUGUCUUUUGUUGUUGGUGAUGAUGAGAAAGUUACCUUUAAUUGUGGAUUCACUCCCCUUGAAAUUGAUGGCCUCUCCUACAAUGUACGUUGGUAUCACGGAGAAAAUCUCCUUGUCAAUGAUAACAAUGGGACAAUCUUCAACAGCUCAAGCUCCAACAAAUUCUACAGCAUUCUGUCUGAAGAUGCCAUUUUCCAACUUAGCAUUGGUGAUUCGUUACACUGUGCUGUAUCGGCCUGUGAUUCCUCAGACUGUGACGGCACAAGAGGUCCAUGGAGAGAUAGCACUGCUUUGUCUGUUAAAGUCUACGUAAGUCACUCUGAACUGAAAGUCACAGCCAACAGCAGCUGGGACACUGAAACCCUGGAAGACACCAUUCCUGCAAUUAAGGCAUUGUAUGUUAGUUUCUAUUUUGUCAAAUUUGCAAAGGCAAAUGACUUGGACCCGUCAAUGAAUGAAGGAUCAGCUGCAGAAUUGAUUGUGAUGAGCUUGGCCAUUCCACCUCGCCUGCUAUGUCGACCUGAAGACAGAGAAGAUUACUGUAAUCUAUAUUUCACAAUGGAACUGUUACGUGGAAAAGAGAGGAAAUGCCCAGGAACUACUGAAGAAAUUGUACAGUUUGUGUUUGGCCUUCAAAGACGAACCAUUGACCAUGAUGAUGCUUGUAGAUUUAUUAUUGAUAAGGAUAACUGGUCAGGUGUACAGAUUCCUGUCAAAGCCACGAUUGAUGGUCUCAAAGACCGAGAUCAGACACGAGAGAUCAAGUUUGAACUACAUAUCACAUCUGGUGCAGAAAAAAGCAUCAUAACAUUUACGAACAAUUUGCAGGUGACUGCGAUAGAUAGAGAUAGGACGGCCACGUGUUCCUCCAUCAAUGAUCCACAUAUUACAACAUUUGAUGGAAGAUACUACAACAAUUUCUUUGAAGGAGAAUUCAUUUUAUACAGAGAUAGAAUGAGGAGAUAUGAGGUGAGAGCAUUCUACCGUAACUGCAAUGGCCAAGCAUCAUGUAACUGUGCUGUGGCUGUACGAGUGGAGGAUGAUGUCAUUCUUGUGGACUCGUGUGGACCAGCUCAAGUUUCCAAACGAAGGCAGCCAACCACGCUGAAGAUGUUCCUCAAUGGAGGUGGAUUGACUGCAGGAACAAAGGUCAUCAGGUCAGGUGGAGGAAAACGAUACACGAUAAUCUUACCGACGGGAGCAAAGGUGAUAGUGACAAAAGGGAAGCGAAGAAUCACCCAGUUCAUCAAUGUGAAGAUCAGGGCUUCCUCUUAUGACUUUGAAAAUUCAGAAGGGUUAUGCGGCACAUAUGAUGGAGAUGACACAAAUGACUUUUGGCUUCGAACAGGAGGUCUAUCUGGGGAAAGAGGGAAGUUUCCAGACAAAUUUUCAUUAAGUUGGAGAGUGGCACGGCAUGAGUCAUUGUACCGUGGAUAUUGUCCAACAGCUGUCCCUGACCAACUGACCACCACCUACUGUGACUGUUCCACAGGUCAGUCUGGUCAAUGCGGUCCUAGUUUGGACCUCAUGGAAUGUGACGAAAUCAGAACACGAAAGAAUAAAAACAAACUCAAGAGAGGUAAAAAGGACAUAACACAGGAACUGGUGGAUACUGCGGAGAGUCCAGUUGUCAGAUGCUUCUCAUCACAAACUGCAGUGGAGUUUGAAUUUGAUAUAAACUAUAUACACCGGGAUUUCACGUGGCCAACACCAAGUAACAUCACCUUGGAGAUGGCCACUGAGAUAUGUCUGCAAUAUAUGUCGGGACCAGUGUCUGGGCAGAACUGUCUUGGUGUACCUGGUCUGGUCCUCAGUCCAAUCACAGAGGCAUGCAUAGACGAUAUCAAGUAUACAGAUGAUAUUUCCUGGGCCAGCGAAGGAUUGGAUAAUCUCCUUCUUCAGUGUCUUGUCAUUGUGGAAGUGGAUGUGGACUUAUGGGUAACCGUUGAUGGAGAAGUAAUCCCAGACCCUGUAGUGACUGAUGCCAUCUGUCCGGAUGAAUGUAACGGCAAUGGAAACUGCAUUGAAAGUCAAUGUGUUUGUAACAAUGGCUGGCUAGGAGAUACGUGUGAAGUUGACUACAACAGACCACCAGAUAUAUCAUUCUUUGAUGGAGGUUUCUUAUGUAAUAGCCAUGUUUCCCGAUCCUGUAGAACCCUACGAAUCUAUGGCGAUUAUUUUGCUGAUACAGAGAAUUUGACCUGUAGCUACCAGUCUUUAUCAUGUGCUUGCCUUGUAAGGCCACCGCUGGUUAACGUCAGGGUACAGCAGAUGGGUGUUCCCGUUUCUUUUGGGAAUGGAAACCUCAUGAUGGCUAUGCUUUGUGCUGGCCUUGUAGUGAGACUUCGCCAUGGAGUCUUAUGUCAAGGUCUCCCAGCCUGUUCGGCAUGCUUCUCCAGUCAUAAGAGGGAUUUGUCCUCUUCUUCCAGCAGGAGAAGUAAACCUGCUAGGUCCUCUGCCCCCGGUUCUGAACCAGUUGGCCAUACCUGUCAGGGGAAUUCUUGUCUCUUUGAGCUCCAUCCUCGAGCAGAGGUGGUCUCGCCUGUCCAGGGCAAUAAGGGGAAGGGUAGGAAGAGUAAGAACCCUCCUCAGGGCAAAAAGAAGGAUUCCUGUCUCCUUCUGGUUCUUAGCAGUGGCAGACCAAGAGCCGGUCUGGUGGACGACGGUCCUCCUGUCUCAAGCUCUUGUUCCUGUCCUGCAGGAUUGGGCUCCAGGUGGGCAGACAAUUCUCUUGUCUGGCAGGGUCUCAGUCUGCCCCAUCUGGAGCUCCCUGUGGGAGAGCAUCUCUCUGUGUUUCUUCCACAGUGGUGGGAGAUAAUGGAAGAAGUUUGGGCAUUGUCUGUGAGAGAUCUGAAGGAUGCCUACUUCCAUAUCCCCAUCAGGAAGUCGGCAUGGAAGUUCCAGACUUUUACAUGCUACGGCAAGGUCUUCCAAUUCCGGCCCAUGCCUUUCGGGCUUACGACAGCGCCUUUGGUUUUCACAAAGCUGCAGCAGGUGGUCAUGGGAUUUCUUCACUCUUGUGGAAUAGACGUCCACAUCUAUUUCAACUAUUCCCUCAUGCUUCACCUGAGUGAAAGUCUUACUCAAAGAGGAGUGAAGUCCAUGCUUGGUCGUCGCUGCCUUCUUGCCUACAGUGGUCCAGAGGCUAUGCUACCGGACGAGAUAUCUCCUGCCAGUCGGUUUCCAAGAGUGAAGGUGCAGGCUCAUGAGAUGAAUUUGUCAGUUGUGGAAAGCGAGGGAUUUUCUCAGGCAGUCUAUUUCAACUCUGAAACUGUGGAAUGUUUGUUGCCUAGCGAUGGCAUUUAUAAUGUCACUGUUAGCAACAACGGCAUUAUCCAGAGUGAGGCUAACAUUUACUUCAUCUACAACGGCAUCUGUCUCAACUGUACAAGCACAGGAUGUGUCCAAAGGACUGAUGUGUGUGUGAUUGAUGGAGUGUGCUAUGAUAACUGGUACGUGAACCCCAGAGACCCCUCUUUAGGAUGCAGGGUUGCUGUGUCCAAGUCUGACUGGACGAUUAUCAGUGUGACUUCAAUUAGUUGGUAUGACCUGAUCUUCCUGUUUAUUGAACAAAACUACUUAAUAACCAAUGCUGGAAGAAUUCCUUUGGAAGGAGGCUUGACCAUCAAUGUUAAUGACAAUGGCAGGAACGCCAUAGAAUUCAAUGGAGUCAACCAGUUUUUCAACAUUUCGUCCAACGUUGAUGAUUGUUUGCAAGAUCCAGAUGCGUGUACCUUAGGUGUAACAAUCAGUUUGUCUCUGCAAUUUAGAUCUCUCAAGGAUGAUAUGUACAUAUACACAAACUGUGGCGACGAACCUGCAUCUGUCGGAUAUGCCAUGUUUUACCGUAAUGGCCAAGUGUAUUUCACUGUGAGCACCCGUACCAAGGAAUGGACUGUCUCAACUGCUGUCAGUGUCAACACUUCUUAUCAUUUUGAUGUGUCUUGGAGUCAGCAAUUUGGACUUCAUAUGUUUGUUGAUUAUGAGGCAAAGGCUGGCACUACCGACUUUUUGUACCGGAACGUGCCAGAUCCUGUGGACUGUAAUCUGUUUGUUGGAGCACCACACUCUACUGGAACAUUUACCGAAAUGGAGUUAGAAUACUGGAGUAUCCUUCUGGCUUCAAGGGAAGUUCUGUCAUAUCUCGGCUUUGUCAUAGGAUUGCCAAACUUUUCUAUUGCUCCUACUCUCACUGUCGAUAUGGACGAUGACUCCGGCAAGGCCAAGUUUACAUGUCGUUUCCAGCAAUUACGAGCGAACGUGGAGUAUCGUGUGGACUGGUAUCUUGGAAAAUCUAAACUACUCACUCAGAACCUUACAAGAGAUGACUACAAAGCUACACUUUCAGAGGAAAUGUACGGAGAGCCUGAAUAUGGAACAGGGCUUUACUGUAAAGUUUCUGCCUGUUUUGCCUACAAUUGUGACAUCACCAAAGGAACCCCCAGUUACAGCAAUAUUGUUUAUAACAUAAUUCAGACCAUCACAGAGGAAGUGAAUAUUUUAGAGGGUGGUGAAUUCAAAUAUCUGACAUUCCGGAGCAUGGUUCCUCCGAGACUUCUGUGUAAGGUUGCUGACCGAUUAGACAACUGUAAUAUAUCUGUGUGGACAUCACUACUACCGAACAAGGAGAAGAGAUGUCCUGGUGGUCCACCGAUAGCACAGGCUGUCUUCCCUGCUGCAGUAAACAAUUUGACUGGACACAUGACUGUUUGUGGUGCCAUGGCUACCACUAAUGUUACCUGGCAAGAAGAUAUCAAAAUCCCCAUCUUGGCUAAAAUUGAUGGCAUCAAUGAUGGAGACCAGCGGAAGUCCAUUCAAGUGGAGAUACGAGUGAACACUGCAAGUUCAUUGACCAAGUACCUCACAGAUCGUAUUCAACUGAAUGUGGAAGAUCGUGACAAGUCGGCCGUUUGUAAAUCUAUAAAUGAUCCUCACAUGACUACAUUUGACGGAUUGAAGUAUGAUAUCUUCCUUGAGGGUGAAUUUGUACUGUACAAACACAAGAAUUUACCCUACGCAGUGCACACUUUCUAUCGAAACUGCAAUGGACAUGCCUCGUGUAACUGUGCUGUAGCUGUACAAUCAGGUGACGAUGUCAUUGUGUUGGACGUCUGUGGCCCAACAAACACAGACAGAGUUCGACCAAUGGUGAAGAAGAUUUUCCUAAACGGAGAGUUGACGCCUGGGACUUACAUAUAUCAGAAGAACGGUGGCUCCACUUAUGUUAUUUACCUUCCAAAUGGUGCGUAUGUGACAGCCAAAAAGAGAGGGAAAUUCAUGAACGUGUGGAUGAAGUCAGCUUCCAGCGACAUAGAAAAUAUUGAAGGUCUGUGCGGUAACUUUGAUGGUGUACAAGACAACGAUCUGAUGUCCCCAGAUGGAAAUAUUACUGAACCAGUCAAAAAGCCUGAUUCAUUCUCAGUCACUUGGAGAGUAAAGUUAAGUGACACUCUGUAUGAUGGUUUCUGUGGUGAGACCAACCUGGAGUUCCAGAAUUCCCUUACCAGUAAUGGUGGCUACUCCUGUGACUGUUUCUUCAAUGAAGAACCGCAGUGUGGCAUUGGCAAUGAUGUCGUCAACUGUGGAAUCAUCCGUAAUAGGAGAAACAGACGAGUACGAGACAUUACUGCUGAUUUAGUAGCAGAAAGUGAGCAGCCCCUCAAGUGUAUCUCCAGUGUGAUUCAAAUCUUCUUUGAAUUCGACAUUAAUUACAACUCUCAAGGUCCUGUUUUCCCCACUGCAACUGGUAUAACAUAUGAUAUGGCAUUCGGGAAUUGUUCAAUAUUUAUAUCAGGAUCAGCAUCUGGGGAUGCCUGUGUGUCUGUCCCUGGAGUUGAUUUCACGGCCACAGUUGAUGCCUGUGUAACAGAUGUUGGGAUUACGGGAACAUUUGUAGACUGGUUGGAUACAGCUCUUUCUGACAUCACAGAACAGUGUACGUUGGCUAUGGAGACAAACAUCACACUUUGGGUUGUGGAUGAUGAUGGUGAAGUGGAGUUUCCCAACACCUUUGACCUCAUUUGUCCUAACGAAUGUAGUAACCAAGGCAACUGUAGUGAAGGGGUGUGUUCCUGCUUUGAUGGUUAUGGUGGUGAUGACUGUGCCAUCAUCCUGGCUGACCCUCCAUCUCUAGUGGAUAUUCUGCGUGGCCAGAUAUGUGAUCGUCGAACAACCACCUGUGAGAGAAUUACCAUCUUUGGUUUGGGGUUCUUGCCUGCUGCCAAUUUGUCCUGUUCUUUCGACAUUAUGGAUGGGCCAACGACUCUGGAAAUAGCAACCUUCCAGUCGUACGAGGACAUCUUGUGUAUAUUGCCAACAAUAGUAGACCUGUUUCAUGCAGUGGUGAAGUGUACAAAUGAUGGACUUAGCUUCAGUGAUGGACUGGAUUACGUGGUUUAUGACUCACUUUGUACCUAUUGCAAUUCUUCUGAUUACUGCAUAAAUCGGACUGACAUCUGUAGAAUUAAUUCUCAGUGUUAUGAGGAUGGAGCAGUAAAUGAAAACAAUGAAAAUGAGGUCUGUGAUAUUAGCCAGUCCACCACAAGCUGGACACAGUUACAGGCUGGAACUAUCACUGUCCACUAUUUCCUAUUUUUGAGGAUUGAGUUGUCCAUCUUAUUUGCUGGUAAUUAUCAGUUCAAUCUGAUUGGCUCACCCCAACUGGUGUAUGGGUCACUUGGAGGUUUUGCACUUCAUCUAAAUGGUGUAGACCAGGCAUUCAAUCUUGGUGACCAAACCAGUGGUUGCCUUGGCGAUAUAGGACUAUGCAACCUUGGUGUGACCUUCACAUUUGGACUCGAAAUCAGAUCUGUCACUGAAACAAAAGUAUAUGUGUUGAGUAACGGUGGAGAGGAGCCAGGUCAUUAUGGAUAUGCUAUGUGGUUUACAAGGAAUAAACUUUACUGCAGAAUCACAACACGGACCAGAGAAUGGACUGUGUAUACGAACAAGUUCAAGAUUGGACGUUAUUAUCUUGUCCAGUUCUCAUGGAGUUUACAGACAGGCCUUGGUCUUUAUUUAGAUGACAGGAGAGUUGCGAGGACUACAAAUUACAUUGAUAGAGGCACUUUGAGUUUGACAUUGGGCACAAACUUUUACUUUGGUCAGUCCUUCACUGGACAGGGUUUCUGUGACAUGGUCAUUGAUAGGUUCUCCGUCACGCCUGCUUCCUUGGAUAUCAUACAGCAGCUCAACAUUGCCUACAUGGUGCCAUUAUUUGAAGAAGAGCCUGAAAUUGAUGUGGAUGUCAUUAACGGCAGUGUCACAUUAACCUGUACUUACAAGCCUAUUACCAUGACAACUAGGUCUUAUCUUUACAAGGUUAUAUGGUACAAUGAUAACAGAACAGUGAUAUCACAGGACCUGGGCAACGAAACUUACUCCAGUAAAUUGACAGAGGAAAUGCUUGGACAAAUUACUUAUGGUAGCAAGAUUAUGUGUGGUGUGAUGGCCUGUUUUGCUGAGCAUUGUAACAGUACAAUGGGGCCUGAGAGAUGGAGUGAUUCCUUGAUGACUUCUUUACAGGUUGAAGAGACAACGAUAAAGGUGUAUGAGGGAGGAAUUUCCAAAUGUGUGUCAAUAAAAUCUGUACUUCCUCCAAGAAUGUUCUGCAGUGGUAUGGAUGCCAACUGCAGUAUCCAGAUAUCCCAUAAUUUCUCAGAGGCAAUGCUUAAUUAUUGUCCUUCGGGACGAAUGCUUCCACAGGCCAUGUUCCAGGUUAACGGCAAUGACAGUUGUUCCGUCUACAUCACUAACAACAACUGGAUGACAGAGAUGUGCAUCAAGGUCAGAGCAACUCUUGAUGGUCUCAAGGACAAUGACCAGGAUCAGACUGUUCUUUUGACACCUAUGCUGUGGGAUAGCACUACGAUAACACAAUUUACAUCAGUGUCCAUAUUAGUUCAAGUGAUUGAUGAGGAUCGCACAGCCUCAUGUAGAUCAGUCAAUGACCCACACAUCACCACGUUUGAUGGCAGGAAAUAUGACAAUUUCUUUGAGGGUGAAUUUGUGUUAUUUAGACACAAGACUUUACCGUAUGAGGUGAGAGCAUUCUAUCGUAGAUGUAAUGGUCGAGCUUCAUGUAACUGUGCAGUGGCAGUUAGGGCAGGUGAUGAUGUCAUUGUAAUUGACAGAUGUGGGGACAAGGAUAAUGGCAAAAAGGCACCACUGAUUCCACGAAUGUACGUCAAUGGUGGCCUGACAGCAGGAACUUAUGUUGUCAGCUUCAACAACGGAAAGGCUUACAAGAUUGUGCUACCAACGGGUGGAUAUGUCACCGUGAAGAUUGCUGGAAAGAAAAAGGAAUUCAUCAAUGUGUUUUACAAAGCUGCUGCAAUUGAUUAUGGCAAUGCUGAAGGUCUAUGUGGAAAUUUUGAUGAUGAAUCUUCCAAUGAUCUGAUAUUACCUGAUGGAACAGAAUAUUUUGGAACAGAAAAACGGCCAAAAGAAUUCUCUAGAAGUUGGAGGGUAACAGAAAUGGGAAUAGAGAGUCUGUACAAUGGAAUUUGUCCAGAGGACGUGCCCCCGCCUGUAACUAUGGAGACAUACUGUGAUUGUGAUGUUGAUGGCAUGAUCUGUACAAAUAACCUUGACCUUUUGUCCUGUAACCUGCCUCUGUCUUUGGAGAACAUUGCAGAUGAAACUGUAAAAAGAAAGAAAAGAUCUCGAUAUGGCGUGGAUAUGACAGCAACCUAUCUGAAGAGGUCACAGCCACCAACAAAAUGUUACUCGACAGAACCAGAGAUAUUGUUUGAUUUUAAUGUGACAUACAUUGCGGAGGACUUCACUUGGCCAACUCCUAAUGGCCUUACUGAGGCUGAUGCACUGAACCUUUGUAAGACGUACAUAGAAGGUACCGUAGCAUUCCAGAACUGCAGGGACAUCCCCAACAUUGGGUUUGCUGCUUCCCUUGACUCCUGUGUUGCAGACCUUCAGAUCAUGGAUGAUGCUGACUGGGCAGAUGAAGCUCUGUCGGCUAUUUUACAGUUGUGCACAAUUCAGAUGGAGAUCAAUGUUGAACUUUGGAUCACAGUGGGAGGAAUCCCCGCUCCAGACCCUGGAGUGAUAGACUCAUUGUGUCCUGGUCUCUGUAGUGGUAACGGCAAUUGUAUUGAGCAGGUGUGCGAGUGUAAUACUGGUUUCAAGGGCGAGGAUUGCUCUAUCAUUAUGGAGGACAUUCCAGCCGUGGAUGUCCUUCCCGAACCUUUCUGUGACAUCACACGCUUUUCUUGUCAGCAAGUCACCAUCACAGGUGAAGGAUUCAUAGAGGGGGCUGGACUUGUCUGUAUACUACAGAGGAUGGAGAAAACAACGACAACCUACGUAGCAACUGGUAACACUUUAACAGUGACUGCUACCUAUGUGAGUAGUGAACAGGUGAUCUGUGACCUACCUGAUGCCGGUUCUUUCAACAUCACCGUAAGCAAUGCUGGAGGGGGCGUGGUCAUCACUACAGCAAUCCUGUUUGUCACCUUUAACCCUAUAUGUUACGAGUGCAAUGUGAAUGGAUGUCAACCAAAGUCAAAUGUGUGCUUCAUUUCGAAUGAUUGCUACGGUAAUGGAUUUUUCAACCCUGCAUCUCCUCUGGAAAUUUGUAAUGCUAGUCUGAGUGCUGACUCAUGGUCGGUAAUUUCUAGUGUCGAUAUUACAGUGGUGUCGUUCUUCUUUGUGUCCAUCAACGUCAAUGUUCUGGUUACCUCAUCUGCUAGCUUCAAUUUGAUUGGGAAUCCAACGCUCGUGACUGGACUCAGUGGUCAAGCAAUACAAUUGGAUGGUGUCAGUCAGUACAUUGACCUUAGUGGUCAGUUGAGCACCUGUAUUACGGACCUCACCACCUGUGGACUUGGUUUAACAAUGGGCUUCAAUGUCAAGGUUGUGACCUUCACUGAAAACAUGUACAUCUUAAAUUUUGGUGGAGAUCAGCCUGAUGGAUAUGGUGUGGCAAUGUAUUAUCGUCAUAGUCGACUUUACUUAACAGUUUCCACGGCGACAGCAGAGUGGACAGUUUAUACGACACGUCUACAGGUUAACGUUUUUGUGAACAUAGAGUUUUCAUGGAGUAUACAGACUGGAUUGGCAUUGUACUUUGACGGUGAAGUUGUUGCCUCGACGACUCAGUUUAUAUCUCGAACAGUAUCCGUAACCCGGGUGACAACAUUGUUUAUAGGCUAUUCUGGUACAUUGAAUGUAUACGCCAAUAUCGUCAUUGAAGGAUGGGAAAUAACUGAAGCAUGUAAAGAAAUUGCAGAUGUUCUGGAUGUUGAAACAACAACAGAGGUCAUGACCACUACAACUGAAGCAGUGACCACUACUACCACGGAAACCACAUCUACCACUGAACAGGUUACCACCACAACCACAGAAUCAGGUACAACAACCAGUACUCCAAUUCUCACAACUUCUACUUCUGCGGAGCUUUCUACAUCUACCACUAUGCCCCCUACGACCUCGACCACACAACCUUUGACCUCUACGGAGGUUACAACUACGACCACACAAUCGCUCUCGACCACUUUGGAAGUUGCAACCUCAACCACAAAACUUCCUUCGACCACUGCAGAAGUUACGACUUCAACCACAAAACUGCCCUCAACUACCACAGAGGUUGCAACUUCGACCACAAACCCGCCCUCUACCACGACAGAGCAGGUCACCACAACGGAAGGUACAACCACUGAAUCAACAACUAAUAUAACUCUUACUACUCUAACCACAGCACCAAUUACCACUUCAGAAACUAUUUCUUCUGAAACACCCACUACCACUACCACUUCAGAAAUCACUUCCACUUCAGAAACCACUACCACUGCAGAAAUCACUUCCACUAAAAUACCCACUUCCACUUCUACUCCACUACCCACUACUACAACCACUGCAGAAGCUACCACUGCAGAAAUCACCACUACUGAAUCCACACUACCAAGUAGUACAGCUGAGAUGACCUCCACUACUACUACUGAUGCCACUACUACGACGGAGCAAACCAGCAGUGCAACAACAUCAACUGUAGCCACAACCACUCCAACACAAACAACUGUAGCCACAACAACAACCACUGUGGCACCAGCAACAUCAACUUCAACUGUAGCCACAACGUCAACCACUGUGGCACCAACAACAUCAACUUCAACUGUAGCCACAACGACAACCACUGUGGCACCAACAACAUCAACUUCAACUGUAGCCACAACAACAACAACCACUGUGGCACCAACAACAGCUUGUACAGGUUCCCUAGACAGUUACCCAAAUAUCGCCACACAACCGGUCCUCACUCAUACCGUCGCUGCAAACUUGGGUAAAGUUUCCUAUGACUGUAGUAUCACUACAUCAACAGAACAGGGGGCUCAGCAUGCCAUCUGGUGGUAUGUUGGGGAAUCUCUUACUAAGACUGUCAAUCUGACCUCUGGAGUGACCACCAAUCUUCUCGAGACCACAGAGUUGUCCAGUAGUGCAGGUCUACUGACCACAGGAAUUCGGUGUGCAGUGGUUGUUUGGAACCCUGACAGAUGUGGAAAUGGUGUAAGCCCACCUCUAAGCAGUGACAGUAUCGUCUUCACAGUCACGGUCAAUGAAGGUGCUGUAAUAACUGUAAGAGAAGGAGAUCCAUCGUAUGAAAUAAGAAUUUCCCUGACCCAGACUGUCGGCUACUUCUGUGCAGUCAAGUAUGGCCAAUCCUGUAACAUCCAGAUGAAAACCCAAGUGGUCAAAGGCACAGGCCAGAGGUUGUGUACAGAUGGCUCCGUCAUCCCAGACCUGGCCAUCCACACCACUGCCACUAACGCUACCACAGCAACCUGUGGGGCCACAGCCGACAAUUCCAAUCAAAACUUUGUAGUGAGAAUCAAAGCUGUUGUUGACAAUUUGAUAAGUGGUCCAAGAAACAGAACGCUCAACAUAGUGAUGAUGGACAAUGCUGGUGGCCAAACAAGUGAAAUUCUUCUUAAGAAUGUCACUGUGAUAAUAGAAGAUUCCAACCUGACUGGCUUCUGUCAUUCUCAGAAUGAUCCUCAUAUGAAAACAUUUGAUGGCACAUUGUAUGACCAUUUCAUACCUGGAGAGUAUAUUAUGUACCAGAAUUCAGAAUACCAAACAGAGGUUCGAGCACUGUUUGUGAGGUGUGAACAAGGAACAUGCAACUGUGGAGCUCUGGUCCGAUCAGGGGAUGAUGUUAUCAAAGUUGACAAGUGUAUACCUGGAGCACUCCAGGCCUAUCCAAUUAGUCGAAGACUUUUCAUCACUUCUCAGCUGACUGUUGGCUCCAAAAUCUACCAGGCACAGGAUGGUAACAAGUAUGAGAUUUACCUGCCAACCGGCACUAAGGUGAUAUUGAUGAACGACCAAGACAAAUACAUGAACAUUUACAUUGAGGCAUCAGUUUUGGAUGUGAACAAGACAGAGGGUCUGUGUGGAAAAUAUGAUGGGGUCAAGGAUAACGAUCUUGUGGGUGCUGAUGGUGUAACGUAUACUGUCACCAAUGCAGCAGACCGACCAAAUGACUUUAGUCGAUCCUGGAGAGUGAACCGAGCAGACUCCUACUAUACUCUAGGGUACGCUUCCACCGUCACCCUGAAUACUCCAGUUUAUUGUUUGUGUUAUGAUGAUGCAUCAUUCUCCUGUGAUUUCAAUCUGGAUAUUUACAAAUGUGGAGAGUCAACAGCCGGGUUAGACUUGACAGAUACGCUCAUUAGUGAGGCCAUAGCAGACGAACAGCAGGCAAAUCGACGCAGAAAGAAACGUGCUACAGCAGACCCAGCCUUCGAGUAUGAUGCUAACUAUGAUGCUCCAACUACCCUCACAUGGCCUACAAGUACUGGUAUUACUGAAGCCCAGGCACAAACAAUAUGUGGUGAUAAGAUUGUGGGAUCAGCUACUUAUGCAAAGUGUCAGAACAUCCUUCCAAAUGACGUGGUGGAACGAGUUAAUGCUUGUAUGCGUGAUGUCCAGUUGACUGAUUCAUUAUCCUGGGCUGAUUCGGGUUUGGCCAGUUUACAGGAAGCAUGUAACAGUGCUGUGAAGCAAGACACCAACAACUGGGAAACAACCACUCCUAACUCUACCCCAACUUUGCCUUCAACCAUUGUGAAUACUCUCUGUCCUAAACAGUGCUCCAGCCAAGGAACAUGUACAGCAGGUGAAUGUACGUGUUCAUCUGGAUUCGCUGGACCAGACUGUUCCUUGACCGUGAAUGAGGUCCCUAUUGUGGUACCAGAGGUGACCAACGUUGUAUGUGAUACUCUCACACAGACGUGUAAUUCUAUCAUUGUGUAUGGAGAUAAGUUCAUCAACUCUAGUUCCAUCACCUGCCACCUGACUGAAGUACAGGUAACUAGUACUGGAGUAGUCAGGACAUCAACAACAACAACAACAAAUGCUGUGUUCCAACGGCUGACCGCAGUGAUAUGUGCCAUUCCAGAAGAAAAGAGCUAUGUUGUUAAAAUCAGCAAUGAUGGUACAACCUUGAGUACUAAUGAAGGACUUAUCAUUGUAUAUAACUCCACCUGUUUCCAGUGUGCCAUCGAACAGACACCUACUCUUGCCACAUGUUCAGCUCAGUCUGAUGCCUGUUACAUCAACUCUGUAUGUUAUGCAUCAAAUGGCAUCAAUCCAUCAGAUUCCUGCAAAUACUGUCGACCAUCAGUGUCUACCUCCGAUUGGACAAGUUCCACUUCGAAUGAUUGUGCUACCCGUGUUGAUGUGGACAGUCAAACAGUAGUCAUAGUGACUGCUAUCAUAGCAGCUGUGCUACUCAUCACCAUCAUAUCUCUGGGAAUUGUCUUUGUUCGAAGAAAUAAUAGCAAAGGAAAACUAGCAAGUAAGAGAUCUGCUAGAGAUCAGAGCAGUAUGAAGAGUGACAGACGACAAGUGCGAUACAGGGACGAACCUCGGAGGAUCAUAUAUGACAACAAUUCUUUCGAUCAGAGAGCUACACCAGUGUACGAUUAUGGUAUGUCUUAUGACAACCCAAUGGGACCAAGCUAUUACACUGCGCAACACCAAGAGCCAAUUGCAUUCUACCAAACCAACACCAAUGACUACUUUGAAGAUUAACAUUACAGAAAUUAGCAGCCAUUGAAACCUAUUAUUUAGAUUGAUAAUGUAAAGUGAAUCAUUUUUUUUAAUGAUGGAUAUUUUUAAGGUGGA